AAAACAUAAGUGUAUAUAAUACAUUAUAACACAUACUAUAUUGGGCUUGCAUAGUACUAUGGGAAUUUAUAGCAGGAGCAUUGUAAAGCCAGCCUUGACGGGGAUAAUCUCCGGAAGAGCAAUUAAUCUUUUCAAAAUCCGACUCUUGCAGGAUACGGUCCCCCACUGGCCUGCCACUAGUUUAAAACAAAUUAUUUUCUGUGAAACAUUAGGAUCGUGCCAAUAAUAGGGCAUCAGUAAGACUGGCUGAAUGAGUCAAAGGCCUGCGCGGACAAGUCCAAUUAGAACACCUCUGGCUAAAAGCCAGAAUGAAUGAAAGGGUUCAUUUCUGGGCGUAGAUGCAGUACCGGGACUGAAAAUCUGCCCCAAGCCUCCAAGUUGACGUUGGCUCCACCCGCAGCGGCGGCGCCGUGGUCACGUGACCAGGCCGCCACCGCCGCGCCCCCCCCCCCCCUUAGUCGCCUGCGCCUGCGCAUUACUCCGAGACGGCGGACUAGCGUCAGUGACAGCUUCCGGUUUGGUUUCUCCGCCUCCUGCUUGGCUAGAGCUGUCGGGGUUCGGCGGCAGCCGCUUUGGGGUGGAGGGGGCAGGGCGUGGUGAGGUGAGGUGAGUGCCGUAGUGGGGUUCCCCGGAGCCAUGGCCUGCUCCAUUGUCCAGUUCUGCUACUUCCAGGACCUCCAGGCCGCCCGGGACUUCCUCUUUCCUCACCUCCGGGAGGAGAUUCCCAGCGGCGCCGUGCGGAGGGACCCCAGUAAAUCAACAGACUGGGAAGAUGAUGGUUGGGGAGCAUGGGAAGAAACCGAAUCCCAAGAACCUGAAGAAGAAGGAAAUACUUGGAAAACACAAAAAACUUCCUGGCUCCAGGAUUGUGUUUUAUCCUUAUCUCCAACCAAUGAUCUUAUGGUGAUAGCUCGAGAACAAAAAGCUGUAUUUCUAGUGCCAAAAUGGAAAUAUAGUGAUAAAGGAAAAGAAGAAAUGCAAUUUGCUGUUGGUUGGAGUGGUUCUUUAAAUGUCGAAGAAGGGGAAUGUGUAACCAGUGCUCUAUGUAUUCCACUAGCAAGCCAAAAGAGGAGUUCCACUGGGCGUCCUGACUGGACCUGCAUUGUGGUGGGUUUUACUUCAGGUUAUGUACGCUUCUACACUGAGAAUGGUGUACUCUUGCUUGCACAGCUUUUGAAUGAGGACCCAGUGCUUCAACUUAAAUGCAGAACCUAUGAAAUACCACGACAUCCUGGCGUGACUGAGCAGAACGAAGAGUUGAGUAUCUUAUAUCCCGCUGCCAUUGUGACUAUUGAUGGAUUUAGUCUUUUUCAAUCUCUUCGUGCUUGUCGAAAUCAGGUAGCAAAAGCUGCAGCAUCAGGCAAUGAGAACAUACAACCACCACCAUUAGCUUAUAAGAAAUGGGGUCUACAAGAUAUUGACACUAUUAUUGAUCAUGCUAGUGUUGGUAUUAUGACUCUGUCCCCCUUUGAUCAAAUGAAGACUGCCUCCAAUAUAGGUGGAUUUAAUGCAGCAAUUAAAAAUAGUCCACCUGCCAUGUCUCAGUAUAUCACUGUAGGGUCCAAUCCAUUUACCGGCUUCUUCUAUGCUUUAGAGGGAAGCACACAACCAUUAUUAUCUCAUGUUGCACUAGCAGUUGCAAGUAAACUCACUUCUGCUUUAUUUAAUGCUGCCAGUGGUUGGCUUGGUUGGAAAGGUAAGCAUGAAGAAGAAGCUGUCCAGAAGCAAAAGCCAAAGGUUGAGCCAGCUACCCCAUUAGCUGUAAGAUUUGGACUUCCGGAUUCUAGACGCCAUGGUGAAAGCAUAUGUCUGUCUCCAUGUAACACGCUGGCAGCAGUAACAGAUGAUUUUGGCAGAGUUAUUUUAUUGGAUGUAGCUAGAGGAAUUGCAAUACGCAUGUGGAAAGGGUACCGCGAUGCACAAAUUGGAUGGAUUCAAAUUGUAGAGGACCUCCAUGAAAGAGUACCAGAAAAGGCAGAUUUUUCUCCCUUUGGAAAUUCUCAGGGUCCAAGUCGAGUAGCUCAAUUCCUUGUGAUCUAUGCUCCAAGAAGGGGAAUUUUAGAAGUGUGGAGCACACAGCAGGGACCUAGAAUAGGAGCUUUCAAUGUGGGAAAGCACUGCAGGCUACUGUAUCCUGGAUAUAAAAUAAUGGGCUUAAAUAAUGUUACCAGUCAGAGUUGGCAGCCACAGACUUAUCAGAUCUGUCUUGUUGAUCCAGUGUCUGGAAGUGUGAAAACAGUGAACGUUCCCUUCCAUUUAGCACUGAGUGAUAAGAAGAGUGAACGAGCCAAGGAUAUGCACCUAGUGAAGAAACUAGCAGCCUUACUGAAAACAAAAUCUCCCAAUCUUGAUUUGGUUGAAACAGAAAUAAAGGAAUUAAUUCUUGAUAUUAAAUACCCUGCAACCAAAAUACAAGCUUUGGAAAGCAUUUUGGCAAGUGAACGUUUACCAUUUUUUUGCCUUAGAAACAUCACUCAGACAUUAAUGGACACUUUAAAAAAUCAAGGUAAUAGAGACUUGGCUGUGUUACUAAGGCUUGAUGAAAAAGAACUGCUUAAGCUCCAGGCACUACUAGAGAAAUAUAAGCAAGAGAACACCAGGACAAAUGUUCGAUUUUCUGAUGAUAAAGAUGGUGUGUUACCUGUAAAAACAUUUUUGGAAUAUUUAGAAUAUGAAAAGGAUGUACUCAACAUAAAGAAGAUUAGUGAAGAGGAAUAUGUGGCUUUAGGCAGUUUCUUCUUUUGGAAGUGUUUGCAUGGAGAAAGCUCCACUGAGGAUAUGUGUCACACUUUGGAGUCGGCUGGACUUAGCCCUCAGCUGUUGUUGUCUCUGCUCCUGAGUGUUUGGCUUUCUAAGGAAAAGGAUAUUUUGGAUAAACCGCAGUCUAUCUGCUGUCUUCAUAAAAUGCUGUCUCUCCUGAGCAAGAUGAAAGUGGCCAUCGAUGAGACCUGGGAUUCUCAGUCUGUGUCGCCAUGGUGGCAGCAGAUGCGCACAGCCUGUAUUCAGUCUGAGAAUAAUGGAGCUGCUCUAUUGUCUGCACAUGUUGGGCAUUCUGUUGCUGCACAGAUAUCAAACAACAUGACAGAGAAAAAAUUUUCCCAGACAGUUUUGGGUGCGGAUUCAGAGGCACUCACUGAUUCCUGGGAAGCCCUUUCUCUUGACACUGAGUACUGGAAACUCCUUCUGAAACAGCUGGAGGAUUGUCUUAUACUUCAGACUUUGCUUCACAGCAAAGGGAACACUCAGACCUCCAAAGUGUCAUCGCUGCAGACUGAGCCACUUCUAAGGCUUUCUGUUAAAAAGUUAUUAGAAGGAGGAAAAGGUGGCAUUGCAGACAGUGUAGCCAAGUGGAUAUUUAAACAGGACCUCAGCCCUGACGUAUUAAAACUGGCUAAUGAAAAAAGAGAUGUAGAAAACCCAGAUGAACCCAAAGAAGGUGUUAACAGAGGUUUCCUUGAGGUAUCAGAGGUGGAGACAGACUUAGGAGCCAUACCAGACCUACUGCAUUUAGCAUAUGAGCAGUUUCCUUGUAGCCUUGAGCUAGAUGUGUUGCAUGCACAUUGCUGCUGGGAGUAUGUUGUUCAAUGGAAUAAAGAUCCAGAGGAAGCACGUUUUUUUGUUAGGUCAAUAGAACACUUGAAGCAUAUUGUUAAUGCACAUAUUCAGAAUGGCAUUGCGCUGAUGAUGUGGAAUACGUUCUUAGUUAAAAGAUUGUCUGCUGCUACAUACUUAAUGGAUAAGGUUGGAAAAUCACCAAAGGAUAGGUUAUGCCGAAGGGAUGUGGGAAUGAGUGACACAGCAAUGACAUCUUUCCUUGGCUGCUGUUUGGAUCUUCUUCAGAUCUUAAUGGAGGCAGAUGUUAACAGGGAUGAAAUACAGAUGCCUGUGCUGGAUACUGAGGAUGCAUGGCUCUCCGUGGAAGGACCAAUCUCCAUAGUGGAACUGGCCCUUGAUCAGAAGCACAUCCACUACCCACUGGUGGAGCACCACUCCAUCCUGUGCUCCAUCUUGUAUGCAGUCAUGAGGUUUUCUCUGAAGACCGUGAAGCCACUUUCACUUUUUGAUAGUAAGGGAAAAAAUGCAUUUUUCAAAGACCUAACUUCAAUUCAGUUAUUACCUAGUGGGGAAAUGGAUCCAAAUUUUAUUUCUGUACGACAACAGUUCUUACUGAAAGUUGUCAGUGGAGCUGUCCAGGCUCAGCAUUCAGCCACAAAGGUCAAAUAUCCCACAGAAGAGGCAACACCCACUCCUUUUGGGAAAGACCAAGAUUGGCCGGCUCUAGCUGUGGAUUUAGCCCAUCACCUUCAAGUUAGUGAAGAUGUUGUCAGAAGGCAUUAUGUGGGGGAACUAUACAACUAUGGAAUUGACCACUUAGGAGAAGAGGCCAUUCUACAGGUUCAUGACAAAGAAGUCCUUGCCUCUCAGCUACUCGUGUUGACAGGGCAAAGGCUGGCUCAUGCGCUUCUCCACACCCAGACAAAAGAAGGAAUGGAGCUGCUUGCCAGACUUCCACCCACACUGUGUACUUGGCUGAAAGCAAUGGACCCUCAGGAUCUUCAAAACACUGAAGUGCCAAUUGCAAUAACAGCUAAACUAGUAAAUAAAGUAAUUGAGCUUUUACCAGAAAAACACGGGCAGUAUGGUCUAGCCUUACACCUCAUUGAAGCUGUGGAAGCCAUAUCUCUUCCUUCUUUAUGACACUUACCUACUGGAAAUGCCCUAAAAUGAUUAAACGUGAAUUAGUGCAUGGUUAUUUUACAUAGUAAGACCUGGAAUUUUAUGGGGAAAGUAUGUUUUUUUUUUUCCUUUUGUAAAAGAAAUAAGACUAUAUACAACUUCUAAAAAGUGCAACCCUGGCUAAAUUCUACUCCUUGGUUAAUACUGAAGAUAAAAUAUAAACAAAUGUCAACUCUAUUAUAAUUAAUACAGAUGUUUUACUGUUUAUUUCUAAUUCAAACACUUUGGUAGCUUUAUUGUUAAACUUUGCUAUCUAAAAAAUAGUUAUAAUUUACAGAUUAUGUUCUUAUAAGAUUCUAUAUUUCCUAUCUAAAAUAUUGUUGUAAUUGUUUAAAUGUGUUCAUGUACAGUCCCCAUCAGUAGAGUAUAGAAACACCCCACUCUCCUUUAGUAAAUGUUGAGAAAACGCCUUUCUUGUCAUGCUUCAAAUCCCACACUGGGCUGCCACCGGGGAGUUCUGGAAACUGAAAAGUUCCUUUCCCAGAGGGUCUGCUGUUGCCAUCAGAGGAUGACCGUGCUUGAGGAGGAAGAAUGGGUUCAAGACCAUCAUAUUCAUCAGAAUGGGACACUAAAUAGAACCCUUCACCUGUUGUACUUGCCAAAAUUGAGAAUCAGAGGUGCGUAUGAUGCAGCAAAGUAAUUAUAAUGUAAGUUAAGAUUUGCCUUUUGCCAAGUUGCAAAGUUGUAUCCACAUCAGGUGUCUGUAAAAAUGUAUUAUCUUGUAAAACUUAUGUUAAAAAAAAAAAAAAAGGCAAAGAUACUAAAAAUUUUAAGUCCAACUUCAUUUUUCCUACAAGUGUUUAGAAAUGCUUCUGGGAUUUGCUAAUGUUAUCUGUCCUUGGGAACAGUAUUGAAAAAACUGCUUAGUGAUAUUACAGCUUUAGCAAACCUACCUCAGAGCUGGGAUGAGAGGAUAAAAUACAACUAAUUUUGUACCCUAUAGUGCCUAGAGCAGUCCAAGUGCUAAAUAAAUAUUUACUGAUUAAAACCAAACUAUAGCUACUCGGGAGGCUGUGGUGGGAGGAUUGCUUGAGCCCAGGAGUUUGAGGCCAUCCUGGGCAACACAGCAAGACCCUGUCUCAAAAAAAAGAAAAAAAACAAAUUAACCAAAACUCUGUAAAAGAGUGCUUUGAGCUCUACAAAUACCAAGUAUUUAUUAUGGUGUAUUUUAGAAUGUAGCCAUACAGUGUAAUUAUUGGCAUCUGUCAUGGGUCACAGUUGUUAUUCAUGUAAGUCAUUGUGAUACAGAAGUUUGUUUCUUCACUUUCCCUUAAGAAGCCAACUAUAGUAAUCAUGCAAAGUUGAGAAGUAUGUCUUUCAGGGAUAUAAAGUUUUCUUUAAUCUGUUUCUUGACCUAAAAGAGCACAUCCAAACAAGAAUUUAACUGGCUAAAAUUUAAUAAUUACUGUUAAGUAACUAUGAAACUUAAAAUCUUACAAGGUAAGUGUUUAAGAUGUCUUGAGUGUUUGGCAUGGGGGCCUGUGGGUCUGACUGAGGCAAACAUUUUAUAGAGUAACAGCAGUGGAGCGAGCUAGUCCAACCUCCCAGCCUCUGCUUGGGUCUCCACUGCCCCAGCCAGAUACAUCCUAGAAUUCUUAUAAACAUACCUGGCUCUUAACAGUCACUUGUCAAAUAUGUUCUAAGAGAUUAGUUCUUCUGUGAUAUUUUGCUAGUAUGCUGAAAGUAGUAUGAACUUAAGGAGGCUAGUCAAAGAAACUUGGAGUUACAGGCAUUUUUAAACACUAAAGCCACAAUUCCAUCAUCACUUCGGGGGAGGGGGUACUUACUAAGCAUUAUAUAAUAAAACUGGUUAAGCUUACUGUGGUAGAACAGACAAUCAAAUUUGGGGAUUGCUGAGAAUAAUAAGCUGAAAUAUGGCUCACAGAAUCCUAACACAAAUAAUUAAGACUCUAGUUAUAUUUGUUAUCCUAAAAUUUUUCAUAGAAUUUUAAAAUUGAAUUCUGACUUGUAUGGUUAAGAAAAGCAGUUAAAUAUUUUACUACUUAUCAAGGGCUUUUAAAGUAAAUAAAUCUGAUAUGAAGAAAGGCAAAUAAAUACUUAUGUAGAUAUUCUGUAAUAACAAAGCCACAGAUGAUAAAGGAAUUAGAUUUUAUGUAGAAUGGGUGGUUUCUGAAACAAAAGUAUGUGGCACUUACUGUAGUUAUUGAUGAGAAGCCAAUAACCAGUAGUGAUUUCCUAGAUAUAUACCCACCCUCACACAACUUUCUUCAUUAAUGUUAAAUAUGCAUUUUAUCUUAUUGUAUAAUGCUGAAGGAAAACAAAAUGUUCAAAUAAUCAUAAUGUCUACAUUACAGGUUCUGUUUAGAUGUAGAACUAGAGGGGCCAGGGAAAAUGUAGAUAAAAGAGAUACAUAGUACCAUGCUUCUAAAUGCUUCAUACUAUUGCAAAAAGAAAAAAAGAGUUUUACCUUUAUUAUAAAAAUUUAUCUAUGGUCAAAGUAAACACUGUUACAUUUAAAUUGCUAUUUUAAAACAAUUGCAAUCCAAAGUUAAAAAUCUGAAAUUUAAUAAUACUAGAAAUACAUUGAAUUUUAUCUUCAUUUAGAAGUUGCUGUGGUCCAUUUGAUUUAUAAGAGAUAAAAUAUUUUUACAGUACAUUAUAGCAACAGCGAGAGCCCUCUCUUACCCUGAUAGGAAUGGGUUUGCUGGGUGUCUACAAGUUAGAUUCCUGCUGAAUAGAAUUAGCCAUCCUUAAAGGAUUUUGAUCCAAUACUGAAUUGUUUAUAAAAUGCUUUCUCUAUUGUAAUGUACUGUAAGUAGUGAAAUUCUGUAUAUACUGCUAUUUUCUGUCCAUUGUUGUGAACUUAUGUACAUUGUUGUGAACUUAUAUGUACAUUAGUGAAAUAAAUUUUCAGCUUUCA